AUGGCCUAUAGGGUCCUGGGGCGCGCGGGGCCACCUCAGCCGCGUAGGGCGCGCAGGCUGCUCUUCGCCUUCACGCUGUCCCUGUCCUGCACUUACCUGUGCUACAGCUUCCUGUGCUGCUGCGACGACCUGGGCCGCAGUCGCCUCCUGGGCGCGCCUCGGUGCCUCCGGGGUCCCCGUGCCAGCGCCCAGAAACUUCUCCCCAAGUCCCGCCCUUGCGAUUCCCCGGGGCCACCGCCGCCCAGCGCGCCCGCCGCGCCCGCCCCGCGCCUCCCGGCCUCCAACCACUCCGGCUCCCCGAAGCUGGGCACCAAGCGGCUCCCCCAAGCCCUCAUCGUGGGCGUGAAGAAGGGGGGCACUCGAGCGGUGCUGGAGUUUAUCCGCGUGCACCCCGACGUGCGGGCCUUGGGUACCGAGCCCCACUUUUUCGACAGGAACUACGGCCGCGGGCUGGAUUGGUACAGGAGCCUGAUGCCCAGGACUCUGGAGACUCAGAUCACACUGGAGAAGACACCCAGCUAUUUUGUCACUCAAGAAGCCCCGCGCCGGAUCUUCAACAUGUCCCGGGACACCAAGCUGAUCGUGGUGGUGCGGAACCCCGUGACCAGGGCCAUCUCUGAUUACACCCAGACACUGUCCAAGAAGCCAGACAUCCCCACCUUCGAGGGCCUGUCCUUUCGCAACCGCACGCUGGGCCUGGUGGACGUGUCUUGGAACGCCAUCCGCAUCGGCAUGUACGCGCUGCACCUGGAGAGCUGGCUGCAGUACUUCCCGCUGGCUCAGAUCCACUUCGUCAGCGGCGAGCGGCUCAUCACAGACCCCGCAGGGGAGAUGGGGCGCGUCCAGGAUUUCCUGGGCAUUAAGCGAUUUAUCACUGACAAGCACUUCUAUUUCAACAAGACCAAAGGAUUCCCUUGCUUGAAAAAACCAGAGUCGAGUCUCCUGCCUCGAUGUCUGGGCAAAUCAAAAGGCAGAACUCAUGUACAGAUUGACCCCGAAGUGAUAGACCAGCUCCGGGAAUUUUAUAGACCUUAUAAUAUUAAGUUUUAUGAAACCGUUGGGCAGGAUUUCCGAUGGGAAUAA